AUGGGUUUGAUCCAUGUGGUGGUUUUAGUGGUGGUGGAGGCCGAGGCGAAGGUGGAGGUGGUUUUAAUGAGUUAUGGUCGUUCUUUCUCUAUUCUUGUGGUGUUUGGAGGUGUUGGUGGCAGAUGCACUAUUGCAACAGGGGUUCACAGUUGUGGUGGAUCUGGUUGGGUUUGGAGGUGUUGGGUGGAUUUAGGCGUUGGUGUAGGUCGUGGAACAAGGGGCGACGGGCAACAAGAACAAAAACUCAUUCAGAGUUCUGCUGUGGCUGCCUGCAUAGGAUUCCAGUCAACACAUGCAUUGAAAGUUCGCACUGGGCAUGAGAAUCAUGGGGUUUAUAUUUGUCACAAAUGUGGUUGGCCUUUUCCAAACCUCCAUCCCAGUUCCAGACACAGACGAGCCCACAAGAAGAUCUGUGGAACCAUUGAAGGGUAUAAGCUGAAUGACUUGGAAGACCAUACCCAUACGGCUGUUUCCGAUGAUGAACAUGUUUCCGAUGAAGAUGGGAGAACACCAAGUCCAAAAAUUGAGAAGAAAAGUGCCAAAGGGUUUGGAAGUGGCGGAGUUGGUGAAAAAUCAAAUAGAUCAGAAGAUGAAGUGUUUUCAGAUGCUGUUGCUGAGUUUACAGAUAGUGGGUUUAGCCCAGGGAUUGAAGGGCGGGUGGAGAGUACUAGAGAAUUGAAUAAGAAUGUGGAAAAAGUUGUGGAGGUUGAUAAGGAAAACAGCCAAUCAUUGCAGGUUGAAGCAACUGCUGUUGAAAAGAGUGACAAGAUUUGGAAGGAUCAUGGAUUAGGAUACCUAGGACUGGCUUUUCCUAAUGGCAAACUGGAGAAAUUUGAAUAG